AUGGCAGGGGAGUGUGUUCCUGAGGGUCCAGACCUCGGAGAGAUGGGCGAAGAGGAACUGUGGGAACUGAUUAAUGACAACCGCCACCGGAUCUCCCUGGGGGUACGGCCAUGCAUCUUGAUCCCGUACCUGAGGCAGGCCAGGGUGCUCACCGAGAUGGACGAGGACGAGAUUGUGUCCUGCCACAACUUCACAAACCGCAGCAUGAGAACCAGCCAUAUGCUUGACCUGCUGAGGACCCAGGGGAGGAAUGGUGCUGUGGCCUUGCUGGAGAGCCUGAUGAUCCAUUACCCCCCCCUGUACACCCAAGUCACUGGACACAAACCCAGCACUGAGCCUUCGAGAUUCAGUGGCCUGAUAAAGUACUCAGAGCUGACAGAGUAUCUAGUCAGAGCAGUAACAGGAAUGCAGAAGGAGCUGCAGGAGGCCCGUUGCGAGGCGAGCAGAAAGGGUGCACGCUGUGCCACCCUGGAGCUGGAGAUUAGGCAGAUAAUGGAGAUGGAGGGGAAAUCCAGAUGCCUUCAGUCUGAAAAUGAACAUGUGCGGAGGCAGUUGUGUUCUUUGCAUCGUGACGUGACCAAACUAAAGGAUGAGAAGUGUGAUUUGUACAUGCGUUACACAGCAGCCAUCGAGGAGAAAUCAUCUGUGAAUAUGCACCUCCACGACCUCAACCUGCAGAUGUAUCAACUGCAGACUGAGCUGACCAAGGCACAGGCGGAGAAUGAGUCCCAGAAGCGGUGCUCUCUCAGAUGGGCCUCUCCUGCUGAGAACCCACAACUGCAAGAAGAAGUCAGGAGUCUGCGCUGCCUGCUGGUGAAGGCGGAAAAACUAAACCCAGCUCGUCAGGACAUCCUGGCCCAGGAUCUAGCCGAGGCCAUCGACAGCCAGGUGGAGCUCGCAGAGCAACUCAGGUGUUACAGAGAGGAGAACGAACAGCUGCUCACAGAGAAGCGAGGGCUCUUGGAUCAGAAGGAGUGCCUGAGCCUGCAGGUGCAGCAGCUGACGCUGGACUGUAACAUGCACCAGCAGAAGAGCACUGUGAUGCAGAACCAGAUAAAAGAGCUGCAGACAGAGAGAGAGCAGGCUUACCUGUCUAGAGACGAGGCCCAGGCCAUGAUCGCCCGCACCCUGGCUGAGAAGGACACCCUGAGGUGUCAUAUGAUGGAGCUCCAGGAGCAGGUCUUCGGCCUGAAGGCCAACGGCAGCCCCAAGGGACAACGGCGGAGUUCUGAUGAGACGACGCUGGACUGGGAGAGCCCAAGAUCCAGCUUUGGAGAAUCUCCAUGCCUACCCACAAUGCCCACUAGACGUAGACUUUGCCGCAUGGAUGCAGUCAAUCCGAGUUUCUUCAAUUCAGUGUGCGAAGAUGCUUCAGUGAGUAGUGUCCGAUCCCGAAACGCUGAGCCCCCCAACCCAGAGUCCCUCCGCAGAAGGGAAGAAGCUCUAUAUGCAGACAGCAGCUUGGAAACGGUGGAGAGUGAAUCUCUGAUGGACGACUUUGUGUUUAUCCCCAAUGUGGGGAGUAAGGACAGGCAGACACCCGGGCGUUUCUCUUUUAAUGGCUCCAGCACUGACGGCCUGUCAAGAACCUUAGCCCCUCCCUUCCUGAUGCGUUCUCGUCCGAAAGCAAUUCGCGUCAACGGCCGCGUUCUCUGCAUCUCCCUCCAGGGAGAGGCGCUUCUCAGCCAGCUGACAAUGGUGGGAGGAAACAAGACCGGAGUGUUUGUGCACCAGGUGACAGAAGGUACCGCUGCCCAUAUUGUCGGCAUCAGUCCUGGGGCACAGAUAGUGGAGGUGAAGUACGAGCAGAACCAGAAGGCUCUGAGGAUGGUGCUGGAAGAAUCAACUUUAGAGGAAGCGAUGUGGGCUUUAGGGCAGGUCACAGGCCUCUGUCACCUCUCCCUCCGGCCCAGGCAAGAUGACUAUGAGGCGCUGCUGCAGCAGCUGCAGAGCAGUGAGACAUCAUCCGGAGACUCCUUCUACGUACGUGUCAACAUGUCUCUCCCUGCUGGACCCAACGGAACCCUGGCCAUGUCCUGCAACGACAUCCUUCAUGUGACCAACACACGACCCGCUGGCACUGAGGACUCAUGGCACGCCAGCCAAGUUCACCCCAGUCAGCUACUGGACCUCCAGAGCGGAAACGUACCCAACUAUUACAGGGCACAGCGACUUCUGAUUCGGGCAAUUGAAGACAUGAGUCUCAAUUUUCAAACCAACAAGUCUCAAAAGGCUGUGCGUUUGGUUGCCCAGAAUAAGCAGAAGGCAGUCAGGAUUGUCAGCACAGGGCGCCAGGGCAGGAACCCCCUGUGGGUCAGUGUGGAGGAGGAACAGACCAAGAGCACAGAAUCAGGUGAUACAUCUGCACCCAAAAGCUGUCUGACCCUCAUGCCCUACAGCCUGGUCACCCCACACUUCCCACCUAUCUGCAGGCCGGUCCUGGUGCUGCCCUCCAUCCUGGGACACAUCCUGGACAAGAAACUGGCAGACUGGCAGGGCUUCCAGCUCUGUGAGCCUGAGGUGCUGAGUUCCAGCGAGCAUGCAGCCCGGCUGCAGAGGUCCGAGAUCCUGGAGGAGAGUGAGCAGGGAAGAAACUGCUGCUACACCCUGCAGAGUGUUGACAAAGUCAUGAAGAAGGGGAUUCACUGCGUGCUGCCGUUGGGGCUGGACUGCGUGCGUCGGCUGCGCCGGGCCGAGAUCUUCCCUAUCAUCAUCUUCAUCGGCCAGUCUGCACGUAGUGCACGCAAACUGAAGUCAAAGUUGCAGCGCCAUAGCCAGUCGGAGGAGCGUCUACUGGCGUGUUCGAGAAGCGAGGAGCCGCUGCUGGACAAACUGCCCUGUCUGUAUCACAGCGUGGCUCCGGAUUCCUGGUGUGACCAGGCCUCCCUGCUGACCAGCCUGCGCACCAUCAUCUGGGAGGAGCAGAAGAAGAUCGUCUGGGUGGAGUCUGAUCUGUGGUGAAGCAGAGCAAAGAGCAGAAGAGAAUCUUAGAAAACACAGAAAAUAUUAAAAUAAUAGGAAUUGUGAUUUCUCAAAGGGUUUGUUGAGAAUAUAUUUAGCUUUACAAUUAAUACUUUUGUAAACAUGAGUACGUAUCUAUGAUACUUGACUAACUGGGUGAAAGGAGGACUCUCAUAAAGUGCUAUAUUCUGUACUUUAAAGUGUAUGAAGCUGUAUCAUUAUAUUUACUGUUGAAACAUGUUUCGCCUCCUUUUUUGGGGCAUUUGUUAAACGCAAACUCUGGUGUGAGGUUACCACUAAAAACACAAACAUACUGUAAUGACUUGUACUUUAUUUCUACAAUGUUGUAGAUCAUUUCCCACUAUGAGGGGUUUUAUUUUAAUGCUCUGUAUAUAUCAUCUCUUCUGAUUGAUUAUCUUAUGAGGCAGUAUUCUAAUGAUUUAGAAAAGAAGAUGAAUUGUAACACCAUAUCUAUUAUUACACAAUAGUAAUGAUCAUUAUAGAGUGACACUCAACUGCAGGGCUCGGUUCAGCGUCUAUAUUGGAAUUUAAAUGUUUAAAUGUGUGCCAUGUUCAUGCUAGU